AUGGCUCAGCCUAAGUUCGGUCUGCGUCCCACUAUUUUGCUUCUCAAAGAUAGCACGGAUACGUCACAAGGGAAGGGCCAGCUUCUGACCAAUAUCCGAGCAUGUGUGGCUAUCAGUGACGUGCUUCAGACAACGUUGGGGCCUAGGGGCAUGGACAAGCUAAUUGUCUCUAAGGGCAAGCCUACAGUCUCUAAUGAUGGCGCGACCAUAAUAACGCUUUUAGACAUUGUUCAUCCUGCCGCCCGUUGCCUUGUCGAUAUCGCUAAGUCGCAGGACAGCGAGAUAGGUGACGGGACCACCUCUGUGGUUGUUUUAGCAGGCAGUAUUCUUAAGUCCUGCAUGCCGCUGAUAGAAGUUAACGUUCAUCCCAGGCUUAUCAUCAGAGUUCUGUCGGAGGCCUUGUCUAUGUGCAUUGCAAAGAUAAAAGAAAUAGAGGUCAAUAUGCCGGAGUAUGUUCCUGGAAAUACUGGAUUCAACGACGAGCUCCGCCAAAAGCUCGAAACCUUGGCCGCCACCGCAAUGAAUAGCAAGUUGAUUGCACCAUGCAAAGAGCAGUUCUCCAAGAUGACUGUGGAUGCAGUCAUGAGUCUUAUUGACGAUGCACAGGACCAGACAUCUAGCAAGCAAAUUCUUGACGCGAACACCUUGAUUGGGGUGAAGAAAGUGCUUGGAGGGGCUCUUCAGGAUUCGCAACUUGUGCAUGGUGUGGCGUUUAAGAAGACAUUCACCUAUGCGGGACACGAGCAGCUACCUAAGCGCAUUGCAAACCCUGUCAUUUGCUGCCUCAACUUUGAACUAGAGUGGCAAGCAGAAAAAGACAACGCAGAGAUACGACUAACGGAUCCAGAGAAGUUCAAGGAUAUUGUCAGCGCAGAGUAUAAGAUUAUUCUUGGAAAGCUGGAGAAGAUUGUCGCUGCAGGUGCCACGGUUGUUCUUUCAAACAAGUCCAUUGGAGACUUGGCGACGCAGUACUUUGCAGACCACAGGGUAUUCUGCGCAGGCCGUGUACUCGACGAGGACAUGAAGCGUAUCAGUGCCUGUAGUGGUGCUCGCAUUAUUUCUGCUGUUUCUGACCUGACAGAUUCUGUUUUAGGUAAGAGGUGUGGUCUCUUUGAAGAAAAGCAGAUGGGUGUGGAGCGCUUCAACUACUUUACAAACUUUGAGCAUGUCAAUACCUGUACCUUCAUCCUGCGUGGUGGCGCAGAUCAGUUCAUUCAAGAAUCCGAGCGUUCACUUCAUGACGCCAUCUGUGUUGUCAGGCGUGCUAUCAGACAUCCUAGAUUCAUCGCAGGAGGUGGCUCCAUAGAGAUGUACUUGUCUGCUAUGCUCUACAGGCAUGCCAAGACAAUCUCUGGCAAGAAUCAGCUGAUCUUUGAAGCAAUCGCAAAGGCUCUGGAGAUUAUUCCGUACUCACUCUGUGAAAAUGCUGGGUUUGAUUCUACAUGCAUUUUGGCGCAACUUAGGUCACUGCAUUCCCAGGCCAUCAAGCAGGGAUCAGUCUGUUGGCACGGGGUGGAUAUCAAUAAUGAUAUGAAGACGAUAGACUGUAUGUCUGCAAUGGUCUGGGAGCCAUCUCUAAUCCGCAUCAAUGCCCUCCAGGCUUCCUUUGAGGCAGCAAGAACUAUCCUGGGGAUCGAUCAAACCAUCGUUCUAAAAUCCAGCGUCCAAGACGUCAAUGCCGGCCGUGGCCAAACAGCUGAUAUGAAGCAGCGACUUGCUGAUGCAGGCAUGGGCGGAGCAAUCGCCGGACAGGGGAUGAGAAUGUUCCAAGGUCACGGUGGAAAGUAG